CUUGGGCAGAUUUGUUCAUGCCCAGUAGUCCACAUCGCUCGUGGUAUAGGUUGGGAAAGGAUUUGGGGGUCCGGGACUUGGUAACGAAUGACUGUAAUCUGACUUCUGCAGAAGUAACGUUGAAUUUAGUCAAUCAAAAGCCCUUUAUCUGCGCCCUUCCGAAACUCAUUUUUAAUUCGCCCUCAAAAGACUCUCUGUUUCGUGCCGGUGCGGCGGGAGAUGGGGGCUGAAGGAUCAUCAGGAGUUGUCGUGCCUAGGAACUUUCGUUUGUUGGAAGAGCUCGAAAGGGGAGAAAAGGGAAUAGGAGAUGGGACUGUUAGCUACGGAAUGGAUGAUGCUGAUGAUGUUUACAUGCAGUCAUGGACUGGAACUAUCCUCGGCCCUCCUAAUACUGUACAUGAAGGGAGGAUAUAUCAAUUAAAAAUUUUCUGCGGGAAGGAUUACCCGGAUAACCCUCCAACCGUAAGGUUCCAAUCACAGAUAAAUAUGACCUGUAUUAAUCGGGAAACUGGUGCUGUCCAGCCCAAUCUCUUUCCCAUGCUAGCUGAUUGGCAGAGGGAGUACACAAUGGAGGAUAUAUUAAUGCAGCUGAAAAAGGAGAUGAUGUCCCCGCAAAAUCGUAAAUUGGCUCAACCACCAGAAGGCAACGACGAUGAUUCGAGGGUGGACCAAAAGGGGAUAUGGCUCAGAUGUUGCAUCCUCUAAACUUCACCAGAUCAUCCCUGCAUUGUUGAACAUUGUGAGGUAAAGUACAUAAAUUGAUAUAAGCUGCAAAAUUCCAGUUUCACUAGGAAUAGUUAUUUGUUUUUGUCUUAUGUUGUGUUAUGGCUUCUUCAAUCUAGUGGACCAAAUAGACCACAAUAGGGAGCUCAGGGUGAAUAAGAAAUUGUUGAUUCUGAUCAGAUGUAAUUGUUUAAGCAACCAAUACAGAUUGUUUUCUAUAUGCUGAAGCCCAAAUGAAAAUUCUUCA